CUUAGCAUUGUAAAGACUACUGUAGAGCCAAGACAAGAGAAGGAUCACAAUCAAAAGACGCACACGCACACGCAUGCACACCACGCUAUUAUCAAGAAUCAUCUGUGCUUGAUGCUUUUCAUCCACGUCGGCCACCGCCCUGGCCCCACGCCCACGCUCUCCGCAUUUUACUGCCAUCGCUAUCUAUUUUGCCGGACACUUCUGCUCUCUCCCAUGAUCCCUUUCGCAUAAAAAUCUAUCAUUGGCUUGAAUUCAAUCCGAUAGCAGAAAUUGUUAUUUGUCUUGCUUUGGUUCUCUGCAUUCUUUUGAAUCGUUUAGACACCCAGUCAUUUCGCUCAGCAAGCAUCCCGCUCUCGCUCUCUCUCGUCUCAGGCGUAUGAGAAAGGCUCGCCCAACAAAUUCAACAACGUGGAUUCGGAUGAGGGUUCUGGCGGUUUUUCGUUGAGCGUCGAUAUAAUUAUGGAAGGGUUUCUGUCUCUACCACCGGAACGCAGUUCGAUCUUGGGCCGUUCGCCCUGGAAGUUCUUGGUCAAAUCAACAGCCCAUGCGCUGAAUGCCUCGCAAGAAGACCGUCUUCGCAUCGCUUGUACGCUGCUUGGAAACAAACAAAAUCCUCGUGCCCUUGCCAAUCGUCGGACGGCUCGAGCUCAAACUCUGUACAACGUAGUACGUGGGGAGUUUCAAUAUACAAGCAAAAGGUUGGUGAAGCUGGACCUGAUCGACCACAAAAAUUGUAUACGGGAGAGGCACGGCAAGCUUACUUUUGGUCGGCUCCAGAAUGAUUCCGAUUGCAUUGUUCGCUAUCCCCUCUCAAGGUUUAGAACAUGCUUCGUCGAAGAUAUUAUGCGCCGGAAACCAGGACCUGCUCGGCCAACGCUGAUUCUCGAGCUUGAGCAAGAAGCCCCUGGGACUCCCACUGGAGGACGACGUCGAUCUAGUCAAAAUAGUGUUGCAUCGCCUUUUUCCAGCAAAUCUCGUCAACGCACAUUGCUGUUUCGCAGCGACGAGAACCGCCCUUCUCCCAGCCUACUGGAAUGGCGAGAUGCGAUUCUGCAACACAUGAGCCAAGUUUCCCCCGGUGUGGACUUCAACCCCAACUUUUCCUUUGGUCGCAGCAAAGGCUUUUCACUCUCGUCUUCGACGCGGCCCACUCUUCCUCAUCUGCAGCAGUCAUAUCACUCGACAACGAGCGGCUACCCGCCUUCAGUAUUGCUUAGCCCCACAUGCUCUAUUGGUUCGAACCGCAGCGAAAUGUCGAGCAGCAAUUCGGACAAAAAGUCACAUUUUAGCAAAAUAUCAGACCUCCCGUCGCCCAUGGUGGACUCGCCCGUCACUCCAAUGGCAGCCGCAUCGCUCAAUCCCGGCCUUGCCAGUCUGUACUCGCAGCCGUCCCCUGGAUCCCCGCACUCUCCCAUCCUGCCCUCGAGCUCGACAAUAAAUGCGCUGCCCAAACCUCGCGAGACCAUCCUCGAUCGGGCUUUUAUGAUGAACUAUAUCCCUGGAAGCGAGAGAGUAUCCACGCCAGGCCUGAGCUCCAUUGCACGCUUCGAGGCACUCAUGGAAGAGAUGGAUUUGGAAAAGAAGACCGAAAAGGGCAAAACCAACAGCCCACGCAACAACGACGACGGUCACGACGAUUCGGAACUAGAUCCCCUAGAAAAUACCCCUCCUACACAUGUCACAAACACGCCCACCACUGCAACCGCCACCGGCAGCGGUAGUGGAAAUACUCUACCUCCCGCAGCACAAUCGUCGACAGCUGCUGCUGCAGCUCCUCUGCCUGAUGCAGCUGGCCUUCGCUCCUCUUUCCAAUCCUCCGAUCUUCCCUUCCGACAAACCACACCCCCAGUCAUACCCAACUCGACAUCGACCCACAAAGCAUCUUCAAGCAAUAGAGUCCGCUCCCGUCCCACGAGCCUCGCGCUGCCAUCCCGCUCUUCCUAUCGAUGGAACGACGCUCCAGAGUCGCCUGACCGCAGCGGCCUCGGCGCAACAGACAGCAGACGAAGCAGCCAGAGCGUCAAACGACAGAGCUUGUCCGAUUUCACUCGCCGCGUUUCUUCCACGGGCUCCGUGCUCCUGGCUCGCUCCUUUACGGCCGAAUCGUCGUCCGGCUCGCCGCGCAGUUCUGCGUUUAGUGACCACAGCGAAGAUGUCGAUGACGACGGGAUGUUUCAUACUAAUAAACUGUCCGCGAUGCCGAAGCAUUCGUCGAGAUUUUUAUUAGACGGUGCGCCUUUUUGA